UUCGAGGAAUGAUGACUUACAUGUAAAGAAAUAAAAAUAUCUCAAUUGUUCCCCGGAAAGAGCACACAGAUGUAAGUGCUGUACGCUCAUUGUGUCACCUUAUCAUCACUGCCUCUCCCCUCCUCUCCUGCUGAUGGUCGGGCCGUAUGUAUCAUCACGUGUUCAGCCGGCCGAGUUUACCAGCGCGCACGCACCAGGUUCAACCAUUAGCCGAGUUCUAAAAAUGUCAGAAGAAAAGAAGCCAGCAAAAGGGGAGGAAGGCUCAUUUACUAUAAGCAACGAGUCCCUGCAAGAUGUUGUUCGCAGACACACUGGGAGCGACCACAUCUCGGUGACGGUGAGCGCCACCGAAGAGGUUGUGCCAGCUGGGGAGAACUAUCUCAGCGAUCUACGGAGGGUUCGACUGACUGUUUCCGAAAGCGGACAAAAGUCAAAAGAAACGACGCUCAUCGUCAAAAGUUUUCCUCAAGGCGAAAUCGCUCAGGGAUUCAUACAAGAACAAAUGCUGUUCGAGAAGGAGAGACAGGUUUACAAGGAAGUACUGCCCGACGUGAACAGGCUGGCGGUGGAAGCGCUGGGCAGUUCGCCCUUCUCGCCAGAAUUCUACGACACAAUCGAGAAGGAUGUGUUGAUCCUGGAGGACCUGAAGGCCACAGGGUUCGAGAUGGCCGAUAGGCAGGCAGGCCUGGACCUCGCCCACUGCCGCCUGGUGGUGGAGGCACUGGCGAGAUUCCACGCCAUCUCCCUGGCCAUGCUGGACAGACAAGAGCUGCAGACCGGCGCCCUGCGAGAGGUCAUGUUCAAGGAGAGCAACAAGAAGCUCGAAAGCUUCUUGCGCCCCACCUACAGCGAGGUGGCGGACGCCGUCGGGACGUGGCCCGGCUACGAGAGGUUCGCGGACCGGCUGCGGCUCGCCGGGGAGACCGUGUUCCGCAAGCUGCUGGGGCUCUUCGGCGCCGGCGGUGAGCUGGUGGUUCUGUGCCACGGAGACCUCUGGUGCAACAACAUGCUCUUCAAGUACUCCGCGGCGGGCGAGCCGCUGGAGGUGCGCUUCGUGGACUUCCAGGUGACACGGCUGGCUUCGGCGGCCACUGACCUGCACUACUUCCUCCUGGGAGGGCCCAGCGACGACGUGAGAAAGCAGGGCUCCGGACCGCUGCUCCGGGUGUACCACGACCAGCUGUGCCGCGCGCUCCGGCUGCUGGACUGCGACCACCUGGUCGUCAGCUUCUCCCGGGUCGAGCAGGAGAUGAAGGACCACAUGCUUUAUGCCUUGAACGUGGCGUGUACCUUCAUGCAGGCCUUCCUGGCCGAGCCGGGUCCUCCCGAGACUGACUCGACCAGAGGAAUGAAGUGCAGGCUGACCAGCCAGAGGUACCAGCGGGCUCUGAAGCAGGUGCUGCUAAGUGCCGAGGAGCAAGGUGUUCUAUGAGCAGUAAUCAUGUGCACCGGCUCUGUUUUGUGGACUUUAUGCUCACCCGCAUUAGAGCGCCAAUUAGAUAUUCUUGGUUGUUUCAUUUCUAAAAGUUGUUACUUUGAUAUUGUUGUACCUGACCAUUGGAUGUUUCAACAGUCAGCUAUUACAGGCUUUUUCAGUCUCGUCAAAUGGUAGACCAGUUUAAAACAUGAGAGGUCCUUUAUAGGUUUGAUGUUGUUACACCUCUAUCUGACAAAGAACACUUGGCACACGAGUCAUAAUUUAUACAUCCACAUAUUUCGUACACGUUACUUUCGCAACCACUUUGCUAUACACGUGCUCUGUCAUGUCAUGCCUCUCCGGUCAGACCGGGCUGUGCCUCCCUCUCUCCUUCCCUGUUCCCGACCAUCGUGCUUCAUUCUCCUUCAUCCUCUCCUCCCAUCACUUGCUCUUUGGUCACAUAGGUUCUUAGUUAAUUCUGCCGCAUGUCAUUCGAGCAGCUUGGCGGUGCACACGUCAAAAACAUGCUCAGCCCGCUAUAGUUAUUUACAGAUACACAAUCGCCUCGCCUACAGUGGUAGCGCUCCUGCAGCUCCGAGGCUUAGCCGACUGCGAUAGGUACUUCAACUUUUUUUUAACCAUAUGCUAUUUUCUUAAAACAAAUAAAAUAAAACUACAUUAUUGCAUAAAGGUAUGCCCUGUUGUUACAUAGGUGAAACACUCUGACAUAUCUACUUUUUCAUACAGUAUUAAAGCUGUUCCCAUUACACAGUAUUUUUGUAAUCUGUUUUGUACUGAUUUAUAGUACAGUUUAUAUUACCCAAUAAAUUAGAAUUGACAAUGUGUUCAAAAAUAAUAUUUUCCAUUUAUAAAAAAUGUAUUAAAAAUUUAAUGAUGAUUGAAAGUAUGUACAUUAACUGUAAAUUAAAAUAGUAAUUUUUUAGAAGUAACAUGACAGGUUUUCUGGCUUUAUUAUGGUCGGUUUGAUGAGAGUGUUUUCAUUGAAGCCCCCUAAUUAGUUUAAACUAACCAGAUUGGUAGUGGUUUCCUAAAUUUCUGUUCGUGCUGUAAGAUUUAAAAUAAAAGUAAGAUUUAAAUGUAAAUAUAAGUAAAAUAAAAGAUUUCAAUAAAAUGUUGUGUCUCUGUCUUUGGAUAUAAUAG